GCGCCCCGGCAGCCGGCGCGGGGAUGGAGGCGGCGCGCUGCGCUGGCGCUGAGUGGCGCAGGAAGGAAACGUAGCCGCCGGAUCCGCCCGCCGGGCUAUGCUGCUGCGGUCGCUGCGGUGCUGGGCCGCCCAGGCGCUGCGGCGCGGGGGGACUGGGAGCCCCGCCUCGGGCCCCGGGACGCGGGGGGCGCAGCGCCGGGCCUGGCCUCUGGAUAAAGAUAGAGAAAAUGAAAAAGAGAAAAAAUCCGUGAUCUGUGUUGAGGGCAAUAUUGCAAGUGGGAAGACGACAUGCCUCGAGUUCUUCUCCAAAACAACAGGGAUUGAGGUGUUACAGGAGCCAGUGCCCAAGUGGAGAAAUGUCCGUGGCCAUAAUCCUCUGGGUCUGCUGUACCGCGAUGCUUGUCGAUGGGGCUUCACGCUGCAGACAUAUGUGCAGCUCACGAUGCUGGACCACCACACUCGUCCCCAGACAUCACCGGUACGAUUGAUGGAGCGGUCGAUUCACAGCGCAAGAUAUGUUUUUGUAGAAAACCUGUAUAGAAGUGGGAAGAUGCCUGAAGUGGACUAUGUGAUUCUGGCAGAAUGGUUUGAUUGGAUUGUGAGGAACAUCGACGUGUCCAUUGAUUUGAUAGUUUAUCUCCGGACCACCCCUGAGACCUGUUAUAAGAGGUUACAGAUGAGAUGCAGGGAGGAGGAGACAGUCAUUUCCUUGGAAUACUUGGAUGCUCUUCACCGCCUCUAUGAGGAGUGGCUCUUCAAAGGAGGCCUUUUCCCUGUGGCAGCCCCUGUUCUGGGCGUCUGGAGGAGCACCACUUGCUGUCCUGGGCUGUUACCCAGUGAUGCCCUUAGGAGGUGCUGAGGUGAUUGAGGCUGACCACGACAGGAAGAAAAUGUUAGAACUCUUUGAACAAAACCGGGACCGCAUACUAACUCCAGAGAAUCAGAAACAUGGCUCAUAGAACAGGAAAGAUCAUGCCAGAAAAAUGCCCACUGCUGCCAAGUUAGCUGUUAGGAGCAAUUUGGGAAAAUCAACUUUCGGGAGGGCUUUAUAUUUGGCCACAUUGUUUUCCUGAUGGUCUCUUCCUCUUUGCCAGUGUCUUCAUCCUGGGUCUCUGGUCCUUGCAGGUAAAUGACAAAUGGGACCAGUGGGUUUGUCGUGCCCUUUGGUGGUCGUAGCCUUGCAUUCCCCCAGUGCCUCUCCUGGUGGUUUCCCACUGCUGGGUCCCUCUGAUUAAGGGAAGAGCCUCCUGACCUCAUGGUGGGUUUGGAGUCUCUAACCCUUCCCUGCCACCAAGGAGGGUGGGGUAGUGGCCCUUACAUCCCAGGGAGGAAGUUGAAGCUCAGCGAGGCCAAGGGACUCCCCAGGGUCACACAGCCGGUGACAGUGGAGUUGGCACAAUUCAGACUUUUGGCGACUCUGAAACGUUCUCUGCCUCUCAUCCUGAGAGCCUGUCUUCCCUUGCUAGAGAUCUCACGUCUGUGUGGGGAGAGCCAGCAGUGCGUGGAGCCAGCAUCCUCAUUUUCUCAUUAUGUGAGCAGUUCUCGAGGACAGUCAGCAUUCCUAGACCUUCACAAAAUCGUGCUGUGUUUGGCUUGAGUCCAGCGUCCGGUGCUUUCCCAGCAUGAGGCUGCUGCGGCAUUUACCACCUCAUCAUCUGGACUUCCGUGUCCUUGAGAGAAUCGUGCUUUGACUUUUGCACGGUGCUUGAUGUCCUUGGUGACAAAGGCCUGCCUGAGCUGCUGCCAAUUCCAUGUCAGGGACAUGGCUUUUGGUGCCUGGGUGGUUUGCCCGGUGCCAAGCUGGGGCAAGGGGCACCAGCGCCCUGGCUUCUGAGGCUCUCUUACCUUGUGAUGGCCUGUGUGAGGAGCUUUGCCCUUGGAAUUACUGAAAGUCUGUGGGCUGUGGGAGAGGCCCGAGUGGCCUUAAGUCUUUUUGAAAUGUUUUUCCAUGAAGGGGACACCUUGGAUCAUAGAGCAUGAACUCAUCUUUAUUGGUUCAGAAUAUAUCUUAGCUUCUCAGCUGUAACAAUACAUCACAGCCAUAGCUGCCUCUUGAGUCCAGUGGGAAGUAGAGAGAAAUAACAUUCUCUUAGGAGACAGUCUGGACAAGAAGGUCAGGGCUCGCAAGCAAAGGCUCUUGGGGCACUGGUAUUCCUGAUAUUUUGGAGGUGGGUGGAGAUCAGAAGACUGUUGUCGACACAGAGAAGGGCCAGUUGUGAGCUUUGGGGAAGCAGGCCUCAGCUCUCCUGAGCAGCGGUUGGUGUAAAUGCAGGUUGGAAGGCCUCGCCACGGCCUCUGCGGGAGUGUGGCACCUGUGCGUGCAGCUGUCUGACUCUGCGUGGGUUACAGGUGCUCUGGUGGUCCAGUUCCAGAGGGAGCACUAAGGGGGCAAAACUGUGACUCCUGGACCAAAUCUUGGGCUACGCGGGCAGGAUGAGGGGCAGCCCCGUGGGGAUGAGCCUCUCAGCCCAAAUGUCAGUGAUUGACUAGAUGCCCAGGGGAGGCGAGAGCCUGUGCUACCGGAGAUUUUGACGGGCCAGGGAAGUCUCUGGGAAUUUGUAGAUGAACAGUCCAGUAUUUUCCCCACAGCUUAAUUUGAGCAUCUGUUUUGGGGGAAAUGUAAUUUUAAAAAAUAAAUAAAAUCUUGCUCUGUAGUAGCCAAUAAAUUCUUCACUGAAAACCUGAGGUUAAUUUUGGAGCGCUUCCUAGGCCAGUGAUUUUAGCUCCCUGCAGCAUCCUUUUGCCAGUAGGAUAAUGUGGUUUCAUUUUCUAAACCCCAUCUUUCCUAACAUGGGAGGUUUGGGUCCAAAAAAGCUCGCCAUCCUCUUGCUCUGGCACCAUGGACAGGAUGCCGUGUCUGGCCGUGACAGGACAGACAGCGGCCAGUGCAGGUGGCAAAAAUCUCCCAGCCUACGUAUGUCACACAAAAUGGCUGGUGCUCAGCUUGCAUAUAUGAGGCUUGCCUUCCCCAUGUGGCAGGCAGGGCUGGUGACAUCAGGAGUCAUGGAGCAGGGCAGGAAAAGGGCAGAUGGCACACGGUAGGCACGACACCUAGUUUUUAGAGCUGAGGGAGGCACUCCUCAGGGACUCCCAGGAAUGGCUCGGAGGGGCAUGGCAGGGGCUGGCUCCUUGAAUUGCUGACAGGGCAAGCCAGGGCAGUGACGUUCCAGAUUUAUUGGUGUUGCCCCAUUCUUACCCUGAGGUGGGGUUCUGUAGAGCAUUGCAUGAGUAUACCCCAGAGCCACCUCAGCGGCUUUGACCCUUGGUAAUUUAAAAAAAAAAUGUUUAAUAGCAUAUACAUCUUCUUGUACUCAGCAUGUUUAGUGAAAUAAUUCUGAUUUAUACUUCAUAUUUUUAAUUUUAUAUGCAAAAUGCAUGAUUAGAAUCAUUCAGAAAUAGUUCAUGUACCUGGUGAUUAAAAAAAAAUGAGAUAGAAGUGUAUUUCUCUUGCACGUAAAAGGGCAGAGGUGGGUGAUCCAGGACUGGUAUGGUGGCUCCGAGGCCAUGGGAUCCCGGGCUCUCUCUGGCUUUCUGUUCCCAGCUCAACUUCCUGGUUUGUGGCUUCCUUCCUCCAGGGACUUCCCUGUCCAAGAUGGUGCCAGAGUUCCUACGCUGGCUAAUGAAGGCAUCAGGACAUAUUGUCUGUCCCCCAUUCAUACUUUAAUUCUCAUGUGGAUGAGGACCUUUGCAAGGCACAACUAAGAUAAGCCAGAAGGUUCUAACAGGAUUUUUCUAGAGGCCUUAGAGGUGGGGGAAAGACAGGAAGGAAGUCAGGACCCACAGGCUGGGCCACAGAUGUGGUGUCAGUGCUGUGGCACCCUCUCUCCCUCCUUUGUGCCCUCACAUCACCUCACCCUCACUGCCAGGGACCACAGUAUCCUCAUCUCAACCCGCCUCCUGCGCUGGGUAUAGCCCGGAAAGGGCAGAGGCCACCAGUAUAAUGCACUCCCACAGCUUGGCUCUCAGGAGGCCCUCCCUAAACCGUGGUUCCUGGGAAAGAAUGUCAUCUUUCAUUUCUCUUCCUGUCCUCUUUCAUUUCCACCUGAGCUGCUUACCUAGAUAAUUGUACCCGUCCCUGCCUGUGGGAUAUAUCAGUUGGAGACCUUUAGCCGGGACUCCCCCAGACCCCCACCAUCAGACCUGGGGAAGGAUUGAAGUGUGUACAACUCUGAGAAAAGGUAGAAGGCAUUUCCAGAACCUACCUACCCCCUGGGUGCUGUUGAAUCUGUGCCAUCUUGUUUUCCUAGAGCCCUGGGGCCGGAUGGGGGCGCUCACAUCAAAUGCUCACAUAUCUGUGGAAUGAGUAAUACUUAUCCCUGUGGCCUCUCCACCCAGAAGAAUUACAGUUAUUAAAGUAAUUGACGAGCUCUUGGAAAUGUCAGCCCUCCAUUGUUGGAAAUCUAAUAAUAAUAAUACCCCGCCUGGUGCCUCUGGGCUUUGGUGGUGGAUUACUCACCCAGAGCCCCAGGGUCACUGGCACAGGGCUUUCUUUUCCUAAUAACCCCAACCCCGCGCAGCUCCUCUAAGAAGGCGGAGUGAACUCUGUGUUCCUUUAGUUUACAUAAGAUAGUGAGCUUGCCAAAGGCUGUCAUUAAACAGAAGCUGAGAGAGAGCUAGUCUUGCCAAAUCCAGAGUGGGUAUCCACUUUUGCUGCUCUCUUCCCGAAUUUCUGCAUUUCUUGGCUUGUUGUUCUUCAAGGCUGGGGUCCGUGGAACACAGGUGUUCUAGGAGAGAGUAACAGGUGUUCUGAGAAAAGAGGGUUCCGUAGUCCAGGAAAUUUGGGAAGCACCACCUGGGUAUUUUCUCUAAGAUGCACAAGAUACAUUAGUAUAGAUAAACUCAAGCAGUCCUGUGAUAAAAACACCUUUUCACCCUUAUUUAAGCCAGGGACUCUCAGACUCAUUGACAGUAGAACCCCUCGUUUGGGGGAUAUCCAUUAACAAUCUCCAGAAGUGCCAGUGUUCCUCGGAACACACAUUGGGAAAAGCACUGUUUUAGGGAGUCUGCAGCUGCUGAUGACUCUUGGCUUUUGUGCCCUUUGGGAAUCUCUAGCUCUUGGUUCUCCAGGUUUAGUACAUCUGAAUCCCCAGAGGGCAUGUUAAAACAUGGAUUACUAGGUCCACCCACAGAGUUUCCAAUUGAGUGGAAUCCAGUUCUGGGGUGGGCCUGUGACUGUUUUCUAACACCAUUCCCGGGGAUGAUGAGUCCAGGGAACUCCCUGGGUUUAAAGUUUCUAGGACUGGACAUCCCAGAGUUCCAAGAAAACUUGGCAUCUUGGUGGUGGUUGAAUGUCUUGUGAGUGUUGGUUAUCAUAUCUAUCAAAUGGGAGCAUUGCUCAUUUCUCAGGGCUGUGAGGAUAACUGACCUGGCAUAUGGAAGGGGUCUGGACCAGGGCCUGGUAGGCAGUAAGUGUCCCAUAAAUGUUAGUUCAUCUGAUGUUUCCUGGAAAACUGACCGGAAUGCAGUUCGUUGGCCGAGUAAUGGCAGCAGCUGCAGUGACUGGCACUUUCCGUCAGAGCGGCAUGGGCACACGCUCUCACCAAUUAAUUGGGACCACCUUGAUGUAUCUGUUCAGUAGGCACAGGUCACAGGCCUGGUUGAGGCUGACCUUCGGGACUUUACCUCUGUAAAGUGCCUCAUGACCUUUCUAGAAUAGCAGAGUAUGGGGCAACCAACUGGCCUUUCUUUUCUUUUUAUAAAUGCUCCUGUUUCUUGUGGGGACUCUGGGUCUGCGCCUGGCAUCCUGAGGCGUGAGAGGGAGAGCUGGGAGAGACAUAACUGCUCCUCAGGCCGUGAGAAAUGACACUGCUUCUUGUACCAGCAAAGCCCUGGAGUUCCUUACACAAUAAACGAAUGGUUUUCUUGCUCA